UGAUGCGCGCUCCUCAGUCAAGUGCCUCUGUGUGUAAUCAUUUCGGCCGACACUGUGAAGAUGGCGAUGAGGGUAGCGCUCCGAUGCAUUACUGCAAACUUUUCCACAAUACUGCUUCAGAUUUCUCGACCUGUACAGAUACCCGCUCAUCGGCUGUUAUGGAAGGCUAACACCGAACGGACACUGAGCACGGCCUCGCGACUUAACACAGCUCUCAAAUUCACAGACAAGCAUGAGUGGGUACAAGUAGAGGGUGGAGUUGGCACAGUUGGCAUUAGCAAUUUUGCUCAGGAAGCAUUGGGUGAUGUGGUAUACUGUGGACUUCCUGAGGUAGGGCAAAAACUUGAACAAAUGGAGGAGUUUGGUGCUUUGGAAAGUGUAAAGGCUGCUAGUGAGCUAUACUCUCCUCUGACUGGAGAGGUAACUGAAAUCAACACAAAGCUGGCAGACAACCCUGGACUGGUAAAUAAAUCCUGCUACGAGGAGGGCUGGCUAAUAAAGAUGACCAUUGACAACCCUGUAGAGGUUGAUGGCCUGAUGGAUGAAGACCGCUAUGAAACAUUUAUCAAAUCACUUGAGUAGACUGCUUUACUCUUGAUGUUCUUUUUUUUUUAUUGUUCACGUUAAUCAUGAUUACAGGUUUUUCCACUAAUCAUGUCUGGGUUGGCUGUUAAAUCUCAGCUCAAAUGAGCUAAUAUAACAGCCAUAUUUAUUUUGACUGUAUUGAUGGUGAUUUAUUUAAUCACCAUGAUACUCAAAAUAUUAUGCUUUCAAAGUAACAAUGAUCAGCUGGGUGUUUACUGCUGUUAAAAUUAGAGCACCUGAAGGGCUGCUGACAUAUCCUGUUGGCACAUUGUUAAGGGCUUAUUUGAGGCUUUGUUUAGACUGAAAAUAAUACCCAAGUGGCAACUGAUUGGAAAGUGAUGGUAUAUAAGCUACAAUAAACUCAAUACAAUACUCAA